CACACACACACAGUAAAUUAAGCUGACUGACGGGUGAAUAUCAACAAUGAACUUAAUUACGGAACAAACAACACAGACCCCAGAAUCGUAAUCGGUUCCGGAAAAGAAUAUCAGGAGAUAAAACAAAUUAUAGAUCUCAAGUUCUCAUCAAUUUCCCCACCCCCAUUUUUUUAAUCUGUUAAAAUUAUUUUGUUUGACCAUAAAAUACAUGGAAGAAGGAAAUAAUCAGUCUGUUAUCCAUAAUGCAUGCUCUUCGACGUCUAAUAAUGCUGGUAACGGUCCUAAUAACGGAGAACAUUCCGGUGUUUCCUCAACAAAUUCACCGGAAAGCCACACCGGUGAGGAUGAUAUCUUGCGGCCGGGGACGAGGGUGGAGCCGUACGGUGACGUGAGCGCCGUAACUGCAGGAGGCAUUGACUGGAUUCAUAGGGACGAAAUCUGGUCUUGCGUUGCUAUUGUUUUCACCUUCGGCUUCUUCGUGUGUAUGGUAAUGAUAAUGGGGGUGUACGGAUCAGUGACCAUCAUUCUUGGACCAAAUUCCUCGAUUCUGAUUAAGCCCAAUCCACUCUUUGUGGAAUAUGUCGAGAUAGAGGAGUCUUACGAAGAGGGAAGCGAAGAUGGAACAAUAUUGCUGUAUGGAUUCCACAAAGCUCCGCCGUUGGAUGUCGCCCUUACCUGGUCCGAGACUCACAAUAUCACCAUCCCAUCUUUCACUCACAAGGACUGGACAUAUCACUUAAAUCAAGGGUCUCAUAUUAACAUUUCUUACCACGUUAUAAACUCCACCAACUCUUCUGCUGUGAUUUUCGUGAUUACCCGAGGUUAUGAAGGUCUUAGCCAGUGGAUUGAGAAACCAUGGUAUCCGAAUGCAAGCUUAUAUUGGGAAGUUCUUCAAGGAAAUGGAACCAUUCAGCAGGACAUUUAUACAUCUUCCACUUACUAUAUUGCAUUGGGAAACUUGGACGACGAGAAAGCAACAUGGGUGCAGUUGAAUAUGAGUUUCAGGAGUUUGGUCUACAAAACAACCGAGGCUUACGACAAGUGCAGUCUAACUGAUGAGGGCGAAUGCAGUGUCCAAAUAACGUUGGGUGGUGGAAAUGCUGCCCUUCUAACCUCUCCUGGUCCCAUAUAUGGUAGAGCGGUGAACGAGUGGUAUGUGAAGCUGUCUUAUGGACCUCGAUGGAUCACAUAUGUGGCAGUUAUAGGUGGAAUUAGUCUUGCGGUGUUAGGGGCAAUUCACCUAUUGAGUGCAUGCAUGAACCGAAUUGGUAGACUUUUUCAAUCUGGAGGAGAAAUAGUUGUAGUAAGACCUGAAACGACCGAGAGGAAUAGGACACCUCUACUGCUUCCUCCCUCAACAAAAGACGAUGAUCUCUCCAGCUGGGGUUCUUCAUAUGAUUCUAUAGUGUCCCAAGAUGAUGUAGAAUAUCCAAUUAAUGAAGUUCCGCAGGAAGGAAAAUCAACAAAAGAAAUAGUAGGCGAAAACAACACCCGAAGACUCUGUGUAAUUUGCUUUGAUGCUCCAAGGGAUUGUUUCUUCCUUCCUUGCGGCCAUUGUGUGGCUUGCUUCGCCUGUAGCACCAGGAUAGCAGAGGCAGCCGGAACAUGUCCCAUAUGUCGUAGACCCAUGAAGAAGGUCCGCAAGAUAUUUACAGUUUAAUUAACGGUGGCGCUGUGCAGUUAUGAAAUUAGUCAAACCACCAAUUACUGUUUUAACGUAUUACAACUGCCAGUUUAAUUGAUUAGUCAAAAGUUUUUGGCCUACAUAUGCAUGUAAUUAACUCGCAUAUUUACUGUUUUUGUUUAACUUUAAUGGUGUUCCAUUGACCACUCCGGUACAAAGCGAGUACCUGUUUAAAUUCGUCGUAGAGUAAAAGUUUAUUUAUAUAGCAAGAAUAAACACAAUUUCAUAAAAUUUUAAUGAGAUUUUAAUGAAGGAG